CAAGAUUAAAUUUAAUUUGAUAAAAACUACGUUCUGAUGUUGUAUCCUCAAAUCUGUCAAAAUGUCAGUGCGAGUGUUAUCCGUAAUGGCGGGUCUUGUUAUUAGAAGAUGAGAUGAUGCGCCUCCGAUGUAAAAGCUCUGAAGUCCGUGCAGUCAUCUGGCUGCAAUAACUAGCGAUGUCUUCUUCUCUAUCUCCUAUCUCAGUUCCCCUUCCUUCACAAUCACAAGCCGCCCCUUCCCUUCGGAAUCAGAGAGCAGGAUUGGUCCAAAACCAGAGUCUUCAACCCACCACAACCACCUCCGCCGCUGCUACUAUUGCUAUUAGUACUGACCCUCGCUUCUCCACCGGAACCUCUCCAAAACCCAGAAACGAGUCACGCUCAACUGCUUCAUGGAUCGAACAACUUCGGUCUCAGACCCGGUCCAAUCAUUUUCACGAAGCCAUUUCCACCUACAUUGCAAUGACAGUGGCCGGUACCCAACCCAACAAUUUUGCAUUCCCGGCCGUCUUGAAGGCCGCCACCGGCAUUCAAGACUUCAAUUGCGGGAAGCAAAUUCAUGCUGCUGCUGUUAAACUUGGCUACAGCUCUUCGUCGGUGACUGUGGCCAAUACCCUGCUCAAUAUGUACGGGAAAUGUGGAUAUAUUGGCGAUGUGUUCAAGGUGUUUGAAAGAAUUCCUCACAGAGAUCAGGUUUCUUGGAACUCGAUGAUAGGGGCAUUGUGUCAGUUUGAGGAAUGGGAGCUUGCAAUAGACGCGUUCCGCGCAAUGCAGUCAGACGGAGUGGAGCCGAGCUCGUUUACCUUGGUGAGUCUAACGCUAACAUGUUCCAAUUUAAGCAAACAGGACGGGUUGCGACUUGGAAAGCAAGUCCAUGGAUAUAGUUUGAGAGUAGAUGAUCGAAAAACGUUUACAAACAACGCCUUGAUGGCUAUGUAUGCCAAACUAGGAAGAGUGAGCGACUCAAAAGCUAUAUUUAAGUUAUUUGCAGGCCACGACUUGGUUUCUUGGAAUACCAUGAUAAGUUCGUUUUCACAAAGUGAUCGUUUUCUUGAAGCUUUGGUGUUCUUGCGUCUCAUGGUUCUUGAAGGAGUCGACCCAGAUGGAGUCACAAUUGCAAGCGUUCUUCCCGCAUGCUCCCAUUUGGAGUUGUUAGAUUUGGGGAGGGAAAUUCAUGCAUAUGCCUUGAGAAAUCACAAACUGAUUGGGAAUUCUUUUGUGGGCAGUGCUUUAGUUGACAUGUACUGCAAUUGCAAGCAGGUUGAAAGUGGCCGUAGGGUUUUUGAUGGCAUCUUAGAGAGGCGACUUGGGUUAUGGAAUGCUAUGCUUGCUGGCUAUGCGCAAAAUGAUUUCAAUGAGAAGGCCUUAACACUCUUCAUGGAAAUGGUGGAGGUCUCAGGGCUUUUUCCUAACACCACUACAAUGGCAAGUGUUUUGCCAGCUUGUGUGGACUGUGACGCUUUCUCUGACAAAGAAGGCAUGCAUGGAUAUGUGGUGAAGUUGGGUUUUGGGACAGAUCGGUAUGUGCAAAAUGCACUUAUGGACAUGUACGCGAGGAUAGGGAAGUUAGAAGUAUCAAGACAUAUAUUUGACAGUAUGGAGACUAGGGAUAUAGUAUCUUGGAAUACAAUAAUCACGGCUUAUGUGAUUUCUGAAUGCCAUGAGAACGCCCUUAUGCUGCUAAAUGAGAUGCAAAGAGUCGAUGAGACAAAGAAAAGGAAGAAUGAUGACAUUGUGGGUGAAGGAAACAUUCCCUACAAACCGAAUGCAAUAACACUCAUGACGAUUCUUCCUGGUUGUGCUGCUCUGGCUGCACUUGCAAAGGGAAAAGAGAUCCAUGCCUAUGCUUUCAGACACAUUUUGGCAUCUGAUGUUGCAGUUGGAAGUGCAUUAGUCGACAUGUAUGCAAAAUGUGGUUGCUUGAACUUAUCUAGGAGAGCAUUUGAAGGCAUGCCAAUUAGAAAUGUCAUCACAUGGAACGUUAUCAUUAUGGCUUAUGGGAUGCAUGGGAAGGGAGAGGAAGCUUUGAAACUUUUUUUUGAAGGUAUGGGGGCAGAAGGACAGAGGGGCCAGAAAGUCAAGCCGAAUGAAGUUACAUUUAUUACAAUUUUUGCAGCAUGCAGUCACUCUGGAUUGGUGAAUGAGGGGCUAAACCUUUUCCAUAGAAUGAAAGAUGACUAUGGAAUUGAACCCACAGCAGAACACUAUGCUUGUGUUGUUGACUUACUUGGUCGAGCUGGCCAACUGCAGCAAGCAUACGAAUUUGUCUGUGCCAUGCCUGCUGAAUUCGACAAGGUAGGUGCCUGGAGUAGCUUGCUUGGUGCAUGUCGGAUCCACCAGAACGUUCAAAUUGGGGAAAUAGCAGCCAGAAAUCUCCUUCAGUUGGAGCCAAACGUAGCUAGCCACUAUGUUCUACUAUCUAACAUCUACUCAUCCGCCAGGUUUUGGGAUAAAGCAACAGAGGUGCGAAACAAGAUGAAGGAAAUUGGCGUAAGAAAAGAACCGGGCUGCAGUUGGAUUGAGUUAGAUGGCGGAGUACACAAGUUCAAAGCCAGGGACGUUUUGCACCCUCAAAGCCAGAAGCUCUACCUCUUCCUGGAGACAUUGUCAGAGAGUAUGAGAAAAGAUGGCUAUGUUCCUGAUACUUCUUGUGUCCUUCAGAAUGUGGACGAAGAGGAGAAGGAAAAUCUGCUUUGUGGACACAGUGAGAAACUGGCUAUAGCAUUUGGAAUCCUUAAUACUCCUCCAGGCACCACCAUAAGAGUUGCCAAGAACCUCAGAGUUUGUAACGACUGUCACGUUGCCACUAAGUUUAUAUCAAAGAUUGAGGGAAGAGAGAUUAUUGUGAGGGACGUGAGGAGGUUCCAUCACUUCAGGGAUGGCACUUGUUCUUGUGGAGAUUAUUGGUGAAAACUAAUCCAAAAUCAAAUUCAUUUCUGAACAUGAUAUGA